AUGUCAUCAUCUUCAUCCGAUGAAGUCGAAGCAAGACUGGAAGAAAUUUUCGAUGAAAUCGUCGAAGAUACAUACAAUGACAUAGUCGAGUUCCAAACGAAUAAGCAAAGGAGACGUGCUUAUAUAGAACGAAACCGUGAAGCACGACACGACCGUUUAUGGAAUGACUACUUCAGCGAAGAUUCGACAUUCCCGGCACAUUUAUCCUGGCGCCGUUUCCGCAUGAAUAAGGAAUUAUUCUUGCGUAUUGUCCAUGGCCUCGCAGAGAACGUUCCUUUCUUUCGACAAAGAAGAGAUGCGACCGGGAGGUUUGGUCUUUCUUCACUAGAAAAAAGUACGGCAGCUAUUCGUCAGCUAGCUUAUGAUUCUGCGGCUGACACGGUAGACGAAUAUCUCCGACUUGGUGAAAGCACGGCACUUUCGUGUUUACACCAUUUCACCGACGGAAUAAUACAGUUAUUCGGAGAUGGGUAUCUACGAAGACCCACACCAGAGGAUCUUCAACGACUCCUCGAUAUUGGAGAGAAACGCGGUUUCCUGGGAUGGUAG